AAAAGUUCACCGUUGUGAUGUCUGAGUCGCAGCUGACCGAUCCUUGGCUAGAGUAUCCCUAACAGGAUGUCGGAACUCAACGGUGUAUAUAAACAUGGUGGUAGAUAUGGACAUCAACCAACCUCAGCAAACGCGACGGAAACCGACUAAAGUGAGGCUUCUUUCCACUGAACAUUUGUUGUAUUGUGAUUUACUUUGUCAGAGUUUACUAAAGAUGGCGAUGAAUCUGCUUAAAUCAACACCUCUACUGGGUUUACUCAUCGUCGUCCUUUGUACGAGUUGUUUCAGCUCACCUAUAGCUACAGAAACAUCCACCCCAAGUGACCCUUUGAUAACUGAAACAUCCACUGAAAGUGGCAAUAUAACAACAGAAACGUCCACCCCAAGUGACCCUUUGAUAACUGAAACAUCCACUGAAAGUGGCAAUAUAACAACAGUAACAUCCACCCAAAGUGAGCCUGUGACAACUACAACUGCCCAACCGACAUCUGUGAAAACCACCACUACUCUUAGCUUAAGAUUACAGUUAGACAGGAUGAGAUGGAAUAGCAUAUGGAAUGCUAUGUGCGCCACCCAGCCUUGUCCUCUAUACGACUGGCCCUUGUGUGCUUCUGAUGGUAAAACAUACAUGCAUGAAUGCUAUUUAAACCGGGCUAACUGCUACAGAGGACCAGAGGAUAAAAUUCGCAAAGUACAUGAUGGUGUCUGCCGAAAUUAAUAGACAUUUUAGUUUAAACAUUGAUGUACAUGCUUUUAUUAAAACAGUAAUAUAAAUUUUACAAAAUGUAGGUAUUUGUAAGUCUAUAUUAGAUACAAAAAUAACUUUCAAUUUAUUUUUUAAAUAUUCAAACCGAAUUACUACAAAAACAUACUUUUUACACAUUUAAAUUUAUCGAAAUUUGAAAAGUGUUCAUGUAGUCUCUUUAGUUUAGGGAAGCCGCCAUGUUUGAUUUCAUUUAAAGCAUAUUCAAUGCUUAUAUUUUAUUGGGAUUCGUAUAUUGAGAUUAUGUUUAUUACCACACAAUAUAUGUAGUUUACUUUUUGUGGGUAGUCAAGUGUUAAUUAAACAUAAUCAGUCAAUUGCAAGUAGGCCUAUUCCCUUUUAUUU